UGCUUCCCUUUUACCAGGCCAUCUGAUUCUUGUUUUAGAGAGAGAAACAGUGUGCGGAUAGUUGUUUUCUGCCUAUUUAUCCGUUUUAUCUGCUGUUGAAACAGCAGAAUAACUUGCUCUUAUUAAGGUUUUCUUGUUCAACUCUUCUCUUCCGAUUCUAGAGAGAGAAAGAGAGGAGUAAAGAUGCAUGAGCACGAUAAUGGAAUUGCGUUUCAGGGCACCGCAGAAAGGAGGAGCCUCGAGAUAGGGAAAGCUUCUAUUGGGUUUGACGACGAUGGCGUCGAAAAAAGAACCGGGACGUUCUGGACGGCAAGUGCUCAUAUCAUAACAGCGGUUAUAGGGUCAGGGGUGCUUUCCCUUGCAUGGGGGAUGGCUCAGUUGGGGUGGAUCGCAGGGGCGUUUGUUCUGCUUUUGUUUUCCGGAAUCACAUACUAUACAUCUUGUUUACUGGCGGACUGUUAUAGAUCCCCUGACCCAGUCCAUGGAAAGAGGAACUAUACCUAUACAGACGCCGUAAAAGCCAAUUUAGAUGAAAGAAGAACCAAAUUGUGUGGGAUUGCACAAUAUAUAUACCUUUUCGCAACCUGCCUGGGUUACACUCUCACUGCAGCAAUCAGCAUGGCGGCCAUAGAGAGAUCGAAUUGUUUUCACAAGCAUGGCCACGACGCACACUGCCCACCGAAAACCAACAGGUUCCUCAUAAUCUUCGGCUGCAUUCAAUUGUUUCUCUCUCAAAUUCCGAAUCUUCACAAGCUUUCAUGGCUCUCUGUAAUCGCUGCGGUUAUGUCUUUCACUUACUCCACCAUAGGCGUGGGGCUCUCCAUCGCCAGAGUCUCAAGCAAAGGAGCUUCGCAUAACACGUCUCUUACGGGAGUGGCAGUUGGCGUGGACGUGACAUCGACUGAGAAGAUUUGGAAGGUUUGCCAGGCCCUCGGAGACGUUGCCUUCGCUUAUGCUUUCACCUCAAUCCUUAUUGAAAUUCAGAACACAUUGAAAAGCUCCCCACCUGAGAACAAAGUGAUGAAGAAGGCGAGCUUUUUGGGAAUUUUGGUGACCACCAUGUACUACAUGCUCUGUGGUUUUAUAGGCUAUGCAGCUUUUGGCAAUAAGGCUCCCGGAAAUUUCCUCACCGGAUUCGGAUUCUAUGAACCCUUUUGGUUGAUUGAUUUAGCCAACGUUUGCAUUGCCAUUCAUCUCUUUGGAUCAUAUCAGGUCUUUGGACAACCGAUGUUUGCAUACUUGGAGAGGGGUUGCUCGAGGCGGUGGCCAUCCAGUAGCUUCGUGAACAACGAGUUGAGAACCAAAAUUCUUGGUUUUCCCUUCCAAUUUAACAUGCUCCGCUUGGUUGCGAGGUCAUUGACUGUGAUAAUUAUGACCAUCAUCACCAUGAUAUUCCCCUUCUUUAACGACGUGGUGGGGUUAGCAGGGUCUAUGUCAUUCUGGCCACUUGCAGUCUACUUCCCAACCGAGAUGUAUAUUCGCAAAAGGAAUUUAAAUAAAGGCUCCAGCGAGUGGUGGUGGCUGCGCCUGCUGAGCCUACUUUGCCUGUUUGUCUCUAUAGCAGCCGCAGUCGGCUCGGUUCAGGGCUUGAUUACCUCUCUCAGGUCUUACAAACUCUUCAAGUUCGAGUAAAUGUGGAGGUGUUGCUUCUACAUUCAGAGAGAGGUCUAUGGAGAAUAUAUGGGAUUGUAUACUAUGAUACAUGUAGCAUACAAAUAAGAUUUAUGCUCCAUGCAACCUCGAAAGUUGUCCACAAAUGAUGGCUGGGAUGAAAUCUCCUCCCCUUCAAAAAGGAAUCGAGGGUCUUAGUUCGUCCCAAUCUUCUGUUGUUGCCAAUAAAUGGUUGUAGUUACCAUGCAUAUUUUUUGCAUGCUACCAUGCAGCAUAGAUCGUGGUAUACUUUCCCAAAAUAUAUCAUUAGUUAAUAUUUGCGUUUACUCUUUGUUACGAACAUUUACUUAUUUGGAUGGAUGAGGAAAUAUCAAGUUGUGGUGUUCUAUGUUUGGUUUUCUAAUUUUAU